GUUUACGCUAUAGUGGAUGAUGUAUUCAUAUCUACUACCGCUGUUAAGACGAGAUUAUCUCACUCACUUUUCAUGGCAUUCACUGUCUAACUACAAAGUAAACUGAACAUUGAUGUGGCGAGUUAAUUACUUCUCAAAAUACAGUAAAAAAUUGUUACGCAAAUGAGUUUUUGGGAUAAAAGUGAAAUUUCAGUGGUAAAAUAUGUUCAUUUGAAUACCUGAGAUCAUGAUAAGUUGAUUAGAACCAAUGAAAAAUUAAUGAAUUUGUUUUAUUCCGUAAAUAUUUUUCUGAUUGUAUUGUUUAAAAUUACUGAUCAAAGGAUUAUAAUAUAUAAAAAAUGUUGCUUUGUGGUUCUCAAAAAAUACAUUAAUGUAGAACACUAGAUACCGAAUGAAUUUAUAUUAACCGAGAAAUAUGCAUACAACACAAAAACGGUACUGUACUCAGAAUCAGCCGACAACAGUCACAAUUGAUUCUUCUGUUAAUGAAAUGGAAAAUGAAGACUGGAAUAGAUUUCUGGAAAAUGACUUUACUAAAUUUAUGGGGAUUACUUCACGGCAAAAUUAUCCAUUUAACGAUCAAUCUAUUAUAUAUAAUCCAAAUGAUACCAGUACUACUUCUAAUAUCAUUAAUAAUAACAACAUUCCUAUCACAUAUAAAAUGAAUGAUAAUAAUAAAAGUGGCAGUGUAAAUAAAAAUAUUUUGGGACACGUCAAGGAGUUGCGAGAAAAUUGUUCUAAUGACAGUAAUCUAGAAAUUACUCCCAAUUGUGAUUGCUCAGAUAAUGAUCUGUCAUGGACAAAGGAUGUUUUCAAUUCAAAGCAUUAUACCACUAGCUCUCUUGCUUUGACAAGUGGAUUUAUCAAUGACACAAAAAUACAAAAUAAUCAUCCAGUCAGUAAUGAAUUUAUUUCUGGUGAAGAUUAUCAACAAUCUAACUAUCUCUAUGAUCAACAUUUUAAUUCUACACCUGUACAAUUAUGUUCACAAACUGAUUAUUCUGUAGUGAGAACUGUGAAUUAUCCUUAUAUUAUUAAUAACGAACAUCCACAUUAUCUUAGUGAGUACAUUCAAUCAAGUGACACAGAGUAUUCAAAUUAUCAUAAUAAUCUUCAUAUAGAUUUAAGAUCAAAUGUCUCUGAUUUUACUGAUAUUAGUAUUGCUAGUGAUCCAGAUUAUCAGAACCAAAGCAAAUCAAAAGCAAAGUCAUCAUUCAUGUUUUUAAAUGAUCACUUAUGUGCACCACAAGCACCAACCAUAGAAAAUUUAAAGUCAUGCAAUCCUUUAAGCCAGGAAGAUUCCUUUGAGAAUGGAUGGCUUGAUGGUCAAAACAGAACACAUUAUUGUGCUAACUGGUCAGUCGAUUGGACAAAUAAUACUGAGUCAAAUAGUCGACCAAACUAUCACUCAUGUAAUUCAAAGCAUAUUCCUAUAAACUUUGACAGUUUCCGAUGUCUAGGCGCCACUUCUUAUUUCGAUGCUAGAAGUUCGAAUUGUAAAAAAGACUGUCUAGUUACAAAGAAUAGUGAAUCGGUUGACCAUCCACAUAAAGGAGCGCCAAACAUAUCUAGUAAUCACCAGUUUGAUUCAGGACCCAAACUGUGUAACGAAUUUGAUAGUUCCUUAUCUCCACAAACAGAGUCAACGAAGCUAUGCAAUGUUACUUCUAAUACCGGUUCAGAGGUACCCAUUCCUAACGCUUUCAACUUGUCGAGUGGUGCAUACUUUUGGCUAUAUAACUCCCAGUGCAAAGGUCCAAAGGCCUCUCCAUUAAUAAGCUUGACAAACACAAUGAUUUUGAAUAAUUCAGCUGAAGAUGAUCAAUCAAGUUUGACAGAAAAUUGCACUUCAAGUGUCUAUCAAGAUGAUUUCGUGUCUUCUAGUGCUUCUUCUCGUGUUAUUAAUCCAGUAAUACAUUAUCCUAUAUCCCCAUUAUCCUUGCCAGGAUAUCCAUUUGUCGUUUUUGAAGAUCCUGUUCAAAGAAGAUAUGAUUUAGUUCAUUGCUCGAAAUUGCGUCGAGGUGACGGUAAUGAUGUGACUCCAAAUUUAAUGCGUUUGCGUUCUAUGGGGGAAGAACUUGCUCAUUUGAAUAGAAAUAUCACAGCUCAAGGUGAGUUGAUCGCUACAGGUGCAAGUUCGGUGCUUGAUCAGCCAGAUAUGAAUUUGGAUUUUAAGGUGAUUCAGGAUCUUUCUGGGCGUAUCUUCAAUUCCAAAAUAGUUGAACAGGCAAAACGCGAAAAAAACAAGUUGGCUAGCAAAAUUUGUCGUCUUAAAAAGAAAGCGUUUCACGAAGCUAAUAAAAUUAAAUAUCUUGGAUUGGAGAUUGAGUACAAUGAAUUGGCUUCAGUUAUAGUAAAAAUAAAAGAAUUGAUUACAAAAGCUCUAAAAAAUAAUUUACCAUCAGAAAAUUUACGUUAUGAAUUAGCGAAUCAGCAACACUUUUAUAUGUCUGAAAAUCAAUUGAAUAAGGUAGACUUAUCAUCAACAUCAUCAAGUCACGCUGGAUCGAUAGCAUUGACACAAUCUACCGUAAAACUUUUUCCAAAUAUUUCGGGAUCAGUGUUUAAACAAGCUUUAGUAUUCUAUGAAACAACACAUGUUACCCGGACAGCUGAAAGAAUGGAUAUAUUAGUCGAUGAAGUCAUUCAAAAUUAUUCAUUCUCCUGUUCUUUAUCUUCUGGUAGAACUGACUCAUUUGAACGUGAUAGUCAAUCUUUUACAUCAAAUAGAAAAUACUAUACUCCUUUACUGCAAGCAUUGACAAAUGCAAACAUGUAUUACAACAAUCACGAUGAGGAUAAGUCAUCGGAUACUAAAAAUUCAAAUGUUUUGUUUCACGAAACACCAGAAAUGAACAAAGCAAACGAUAUUCGACAAGAUACACAACAACAAUGUCCAUCAACAUCUAAAUUAAAUUAUCCAAGACCACCACCAGAAUUUAAACUAAUUUAUGAAUGAAAAAAUCAUUGGCAUCAAUGAAACUAUUAAUUAACGAAGUAAUUCUCAUUCGUUCCCUUCUAUCUUCACAACUAAAUUUGUUUAAUAAGUAAAACUUAUACCUUGAACUAACUAAACUGAAGUGUUUUGUCACUUUUUUAUUCUUAAAUAAAUAGUCGUUUUAUUGUAUGGAGGUAUAACUAAACACUGAUAAAAAAACUGUGAUAAUGUGUUUUUGUUUUGAAUAUAAUAGAUAAUCUAUUGUUCAUUCCAUGCAUACCUAUUCCAUUCUAUGUUUAUAUUUCAUUUUAUACUGUUGUUCUGAAAUACUCAUCUUUCUAUAUCAUUUCACCAUGUUAUCAUUCUAUACUUUGUAUGCUUAUUCAGCAUACAUAUAAGCAUUCAUACAUUAUACCAAAUGUUAAUAUUUUCAUUUGAAAACCAUCAUACUACUAACAAUAAUUAUGUAAUAAACGAUGUUAACAAGAUUUAUAAAUUUAUUAUUAUUAUUUUAAACAAUUUAUUUCACCUUUCAUAAUCAUUAUUCUUUUUCUCAUUUACAAAUUAUCAAUGUUAAUAUAUUUAUCUCCCCCUUUUAUAAAGAAACAAAAAAAACACAACAGAAACUACUUGAUUCAUUUCAUGUCUUUGUGUGCAUAAUAGUAAGAAGUGUAUCUUGAUAAUAAAUAAUAUUAUUAGUUGUAGC